UAGUACAAGGCAAGUGAGCAACAAACGACGCACCCUCAUCCUCUGAUUCCUUGUUAUAGGAAGAACAAGCAGCUUGAUUUUUUGUGCUCUGUGUGCAACCAACACAUCAAGGGCACUAUCUAUGUUUGUUUAGAUUGCCAAGCUAUCAUGGAUGAAUCAUGUAUACAACUCCCACAGCAGAUCACACAUCACUUGCACCCUGAUUACUCUCUCACUUACACACGUUCUUAUAUUAGUUGCAAAGCCUGUGGGGUUUCUAAGGAUCGCUUCUGCUACAGCUGUUCUGGGUGUUACUUUGGUCUGGACGUAAGGUGCGCUUCUCUAAUGCCAAAAGCCAUAAUAGAAAACUAUGAUGAUCAAAGUUUAGAAAACCAGCAGGUUGUUCAGGCACCAUUCACCCACCCGCAUGAUUUGAUUCCAUGUGAUAAUACCAAAGGGAUUUUUAGUUUUUCAUGUUCCGCCUGUGGGCUCUUCAUCGAGGGUACAAUCUAUGUUUGUCUUCGAUGCAAUUUUUUACUGCACAAAUCAUGCGCUGAAUUGCCACUGCAGAUCGAACACCCUUUUCAUCCAUCACAUCCUCUCGUGCUCGAUUAUAAAAAUUCCUCCGUCAAUUACCAAUGCAAGGCAUGUAAAUGUUCUGUUUUGGGCUUCAAGUACUUGUGUCGCGAGUGCGACUUUGAGAUGGAUGUCACAUGUGCUUCGCUAACCUACUCCACUCUCAAAUUUGAAUUUCACAAGCACCCACUUGCUAUCUUCAAUGACCCUACAUUUACAAAAAGAAAAGCGGAUAGCUUAGUUUAUUGCAACAGUUGUCGAAAUUUUAAGGGUUUCCCGUUCUUCCGUUGUGUGCUAUGCGAUUUCAGUUUUAAGUUGUGCUGUCUUUUAAUAUUACCGUACACGUUUAAACACAGCAAUCACCGACAUUCUCUCACCCUCACAUAUUCUUUUAUUAAAGACCAUUCAGACGAUGACUUUAACUCUGAAUAUUACUGUGACGUUUGUGAGCAAAUGAGAGAGCUAAAAGAGCCAACUUAUUAUUGCGAGGAUUGCCACUAUGUUGCUCAUACUGGUUGCGUGUUCCAUGAGAUUCUUCCUUUACUACGGAAAGGGUGGCCCUUGGCACCACAUGAAGAGAUUGCACGUGAAGAGAUUGUAAUGGUUCAAGCAAAGGUAUAUGCACUGAACAUGAAAAAAAAGUCACUUUUGGAUGAAAUUGACCAAAUAUAUGCAGAAGUUCAUUCCAUUGAUGAUUUUACUGGUUCAAUGGAUAAUGAGACUGAAAGGCUUGAACAAAAAGUAGAUGCAGUGACAAAGGAAUUAGAGACAGUAAUAACAAGGUUAAUGGAUGAACUUAAAGAGAGACAACCACAACAUAUUGGUGACUAUCAAAUUGGUAAGUUGUAUUAUACUCCCUACUAAUAUAAAAAUUAAUCAUGUUUGUUGUUGAGUAUGCGGGGAGUGAGUAACAUCUAAUAUGAUAAUUUGGAAAAAUAGAUGUUGUAGGUGUUCAUUUGUUAUGACUGUAUACAUUAAUAAAUAAUGUCAAAAAUAAAAAAACUUAUAACAAGAAAAACCAUAAUUGAUUGUGCUUUUAAUUUUGUCUUACGGCGACCUCAUCAACUUAGACUUCACCACCGAUCUUAA